CAACGCGCCUUUCACGCCCGGCAUCCCCAGCAGUCCCCUCACUCAGCCUUGGCUGCUUCUUGCCCUGCUUGCAGGAGGCAAGGCAUGCUGAAAUAAAGAGAAACUUGUUCUCUGGCAAGAACGGUCACUUCUUCUGGCUGGGAAGGAGGCAGGAAGCAUAUUAUUUGAAAGGUGCGCUCCCGCCCCGCAGCCAUGCCGCCGCCGGGCCCCCGCCGGGCCCUCCCCCGGGCCGCCCUCGCCGCCCUCCUCCUCUUCUUCCCGCUGCUCUGCGCGGCCCCAGAUGUUUCAAAGGAAAAUAAGCUUAAGCUGAUGCUUCAGAAACACGAAGCCCCUGUUGCCACGAAGUCCGAGGUGUCUGUGAAAGAAAAGGCAGCCAAGGAGUUCCUCAGCAGCUUGAGACGCCAGCGGCGCCAGCUGUGGGACCGGAGCCAGCCCGACGUGCAGCAGUGGUACCAGCAGUUCCUGUACCUGGGAUUCGACGAGGCGAAAUUUGAAGAUGACAUCUCCUACUGGACCAACCUCGGGCGUGCUCGUAAUGAAUACUAUGGUGGAUACUACCAACACCACUACGAUGAAGAUUCACCAAUUGGCCCACGAAAUCCACACACCUUCAGGCAUGGAGCAGCUGUCAACUACGAUGAUUACUAAUGCCAUUUAUCCUGCUAUAGCUGGAGCCCAAAUGGGGCUGCACUGGGUGAGGCUGACUCCUCCCUCAGAAUGACCCUGAUUUCCUCCUCUCCAUGUAAAACAGGCAGUGAAGGAACUGCCAGGCUUCGAAGAAAGCAAUAUGACUUUUUUGUAAUCGUUGUUACUUAGUAGUACGCUAUACACAAAGUUUUAUAGAAAUAAAGCUUUUUUGAUAAAAUAAACUAGAACAAGAAAAAA